AUGAAAUUCCUAAAUUUACACCCCCCUUCUCCGCACCCCGUUCCCCGCACCCCACACCCCCGUUCCCCGCACCCCCAACAAAUCGGCAUCGUUUACAGUAGGAGAAACCCUCGCAACCAUCCCAACCAACAACCUUCAGACCCUACUCUUCCUUGUCCCACUCGGGUUAGUUUGGCCGAUCCUAACAAGCGAGUCAGUUGGAAUCGUUCCCUUUCCACCAGAGGGAGGACAAGUAUAGCCGUUGGUGCUUGCAUGGUUUAUCAGCCUGGGUUAAAGAAGGACAAAAGGAAACCAAAACCCCCUCUUCCCAAAGUAUGCUAUCUUUUCUACUGGAAGGGGGUGUGGGGUGCGGGGAACGAAGGUGCGGGGAACGGGGGUGCAGGGAAGGGGGUGUAAAUUUAGGAAUUUCAUUUUUUAAGGGUAACUUAGACAUUUUAUAUA